AUGACUGGUACUCAUUACUCAGCUACGCUAUUGAGCCACAUUGCUACCAGCUACUUUGCUACCAGCUACCUUCAGCUACUCUGCUAUUUUCAGCAUCUUCUCAAUAUUUCUCAAUUCUCUUUCACUUCUUUCCACUUCUCUUUCACUAUCCUGAACCCUGAGCGGCCCCGGAUCGGAGUUCUCUCCGAUACUCACUUCAUCUCCCCGGGCGCCCGGCGGUCGGAGUUUCUCGCUACGAGCACGACCUGUCCCCAGAUUCUCGCGAGCCUCGAAAAUGUCGUAUUCGAAAACAUGGAAGACUACGAUUCCAGUGCUAGCAUGAAGUCCGAAGACGCAGUUCUGGAAACCGCCACCCCGGUACAACCCGAUAAUACCCGCAAGCGAAGGAAGAAGAAGGUAGAGAUUGCCUGUGUGUACUGCAGGCGCUCGCACAUGAUCUGCGAUGAGUCCCGGCCCUGUCAACGGUGUAUAAAAAGAGGCAUCGGCCACCUCUGUUACGACGAGCCAUCCAAUACUCAGCAGAAAAAGAAGGUUUCUUCUCUUGGGCGAUCGCUGCCGGAAGUCAAUACAACUCCAAAUACUUAUUCAGCACAAAAUACUCCAACAUCCCAUCAGUAUCUGCACCAAUCACACACGCCGCUACAUACGCAGCAGCCAAAUCUGGCUUUACAGAACACACAACAUCCUCAGCAGCAUCCUCAGCAAGCGCCUUCCGAAAACGGCAUUCAACAACCUUUGAAUCGGCUGCAAAAUUCGGUUUUGGCACAAACCAUUCCAUACAAUCAGGAACCAUUUUUCUACUCUGAGCACGCUGGAAGUGAAUUCAGCUCACUUAAUGACUUUCUCUCCAUGAUAGACGACCCCGAUCUUGUCAACGGUGCGCUCAUGGACAACAAUAAUGUUGUAGAUUUCGGCGGAACUUCCAAUAGUACGGGACUUAUGGACAUUCCAGAAACAGCAAACCUCACCAAUAUGCUUUCCUUCUCACCCACCACCAACAACAUGUUUCCAUCGUUCACAGAAGACCCCAAAAAACCGGCUUCAAACCCUCGAAAUAUCGCCUCUUCUCAACAAAAUGCACCUCCCGGCCACCAGCCAGUGAUCUCCGAUUCCGCCCGAGAUAAGUUCUUCUUGACGGCAGCAGACCCCACCACAGAAAUCUCACCAGAAGAGCGAUUGAAGCAGGUUAUCAAAGCCAAGCUCGAAGCAGGUCUUUUACAGCCAUACAACUACGCAAAAGGUUACGCCCGACUUCAAAGCUAUAUGGACAACUAUAUGAACGCAUCCAGUCGCCAGCGCAUUCUCAAGCCGUUGUCCAUAUUUCGGCCAGCUUUCAGAGCGAUUGCGAGAACUUUGAAGGAUGUGGACUUGGUGCUUGUAGAGGAAAGCUUCGAAAGAAUGCUUCUUGAUUACGAUCGAGUUUUCACCUCCAUGGCUAUUCCCGCCUGUCUCUGGAGAAGGACGGGGGAAAUAUACCGAGGAAACAAAGAGUUUGCGUCGCUAGUGGGCGUGAAGGCUGACGACCUCAAGGAUGGAAAAUUGGCAAUCUACGAGUUGAUGAGUGAAGAAAGUGCUGUAAAUUUCUGGGAAAAAUAUGGUGCCAUUGCAUUCGACAAGGGCCAAAAGGCAGUUUUGACAAGCUGCAAUUUACGAACAAGAGACGGAACCAAGCGUAAAAGUUGCUGCUUCAGCUUCACAAUCAGACGCGAUAGGUAUAACAUUCCCAGUUGCAUUGUGGGAAACUUUAUACCCAUUGAUCCGUGA